CGCUCUAGUAACGGGAUGCCGGUUUCGGUGUGGGGCGGUGAUGACGCGGGGAGGAGGCGGAAGUCAGCUGUACGGAGAUUACAAACGGGGAGAAGAGCACCGGGGCCCUCGAGUAAAAGCUCUUCUCAGCACUUGAGAUGUUUGCUCCCGGCGGGUCCGGAGGUUCUUCUAUGCCCAGGAGAAGGGGCCACGGAACCCAUGCCCUUCCCAAGCAGCCAGAGAGAAGCCUGGCAUCAGCUUUGCCCGGCGCUUUGUCUAUUACUGCCCUGUGCACUGCUCUGGCAGAACCUGCCUGGCUACAUAUCCAUGGAGGGUCCUGCAAACGUCAGGAGUUGGGGGUUGCCGAUGUGCUAGGACCAGAAGAUCCGGAACUACUUUCAAAGUUUUGUAUGAACCGUCAGACUAUACUUCUCCUUCGUGUCAUUGCUGGCUUCUGUUUCCUGGGCAUUGCCUGCAGUAUGACGGCCUUCUUGCUUGAUGUUUUUGGGCCCAAGCACCCAGCUCUAAAAAUCACACGUCGCUACGCCUUUGCUCACAUUCUUACAGUUUUACAAUGUGCUACAGUGAUUGGCUUCUGCUACUGGGCCUCAGAACUUAUACUUGCCCUUCAGCAGCAGCACAAGCAGUACCAUGGUUCCCAAGUCUAUGUCACCUUUGCUGUCAGUUUCUACCUGGUGGCUGGUGCUGGUGGAGCAUCCAUCUUGGCUACUGCGGCAAAUCUCCUGCGCCACUACCCUACGGAAGAGGAAGAGCAGGCUCUAGAGCUGCUGUCAGAGAUGGAAGCUGACUCUUACCCUGCAGAGUAUGAUGUCAUGAAUCCUUUCCAGCCUCCGCCAGCCUAUACUCCCUAAUGAAGCUCUAAGGAAAAGAGCUGGGAUAUUAUCCAUUAGUCCUGUCUCCAUGUAAUGGGAGAGAGCACCUGGCUGCCGGAAUCAAGAAGAGGACAUUUCCGCCAAAUUGCUGUAAAUAUGCAAACAGGCAGUUUGUUCAUCUUUCCUUGCAGACAGGUCAUCAAUGCUGAUUUCACAUUUUGCUUCCCUUGCCCUUUGUUAGUUAUAUAAUGUUCGUUUUUUGGAAUCGUUCACAAUUCCCAUAAUGCUUUUCUCAUUUAGUAUCGCUUUCUCCCUUGUGCUUGUCCAGAUACACCCUUUAGUCUAAAAAGGAAACUCAUUGGUGGACCUUCUUCAGAAAAGCUGUUUCUGUUCCUGAAAGGCAGGAGGUCAUUCUGUGAUUGCUUACAAUUGUAAGCUUUUUUAUUUCCAAUCAAAUCCUGAGACACAAUAAAUAAAUGUUUUCCUAAUGGAUGCUUAGGGAAAAGGAAGAGACUAGGCAUUUGGGCCGGGUAGGACAAAGGCUAUGAGAAGAGGGUAAGCCGGUUUGCUCUGCUGUUGACAGGUCAGAGAUCUUAAAGUGGAUCUGUCGUCCAUACAGAUUGCUGGCAGCCAUUUUUUUUUCUGAAUCAAAAUGUCAUCAGUUCUCAAUGAACUUUACAAGAUUCCUUCAGAUGGGAUCUUUUAGUAGUGAGGCACUCUCUACCUUGUACCUCAUUGAAGUUUCUUGCAAUUUUAUAUGCUGCAUUUACUGAAAUAUCAGUCCAGCCCGUAACAUGGCUGCCUCCACAGGGUAUGGCUGACUGGCAUGCUGUUGAAAAGGGAGAAUGUAUUAAGCCUGAGAAAUGCAGGUUUGUCUAACGUUUGGGUUGCAGUACGUUGGUGUGAUUGGUAUAAUUUGUGUGUGCUUUGUUUUGUUUUACACCCUCACUUAAUAUAUGGGUGAUAUUUAUAUACCUGUGGUGUAUAUAUUUUUCUUUUUCUUUUUUUU